UUUGCGGGUCGGCGGAUACUCGCGACUCAAAUUUGGUUGACCCGCACCCGCCCCGCUAAAAAUCGACUCAACCCGCACCCGCACCCGCAUGCUGAAAUUUGUAAAUCGAUCGACCCGCAUCCGCCCCGCGGCGGGUCAAACGGGGCGGGACCCGCGGGUAAUGACCCAAAUUCCCAGCUCUACCUGUUACCAUAGGUGAUGUUGAUAACCAAGCUUUACCAAAAUAGUAGCGGGGAUAAUACGAAAAUAGUUCAGAAGUUGCAACCUAGACGCUUCGUAUCUGUAACAUACCUAUGUGUCAUGGGCCAGAACCUAGGCAAUACGUUAAUGUGUCCCAUGGUGAAAGGGCCAAUGUAGUUGAGAUAUACGAAGACUAGCAGUUUUCACUUGGUCCUGAUGAUGGUUGGUUAUUACAAAAGCCAAUGUCAGCAUCGCAGGACUGAACCCCAUACAGAAACCCUAUACAGAAACUCAGCCAGCCACAAGAUAUUCAAACAACUUUUCAAAGCCACUAACUUCUCGCCACCUGUCUUACCCUCCAGAUUAUAUCCUUCAUUUGCCUUCUUCUUAGUCUCUGCCUUUCAAAACACAACCUCCCUCAUCAUCAAACUACACUACAUCUGAAGUUAUUAUGUUGAAACAAGAGCGUAACCGGACAAAAGUUUGCAACACAUGCCGUUCAGCAGCUUGCAACACAUGCCGUUCAGCAGCUUGCACCGUGUACUGCCGAGCUGAUUCUGCCUACUUAUGCGCCACCUGUGAUGCUCAAGUUCACGCUGCCAAUCUUCUUGCUUCCCGCCACGAACGUGUUCGAGUCUGCGAGGCAUGUGAGCGAGCCCCAGCUGCCUUCUUUUGCAAGGCAGAUGCUGCAUCACUAUGCAUAGCCUGUGACUCACAGGUUCAUUUAGCAAAUCCACUUGCUAGACGCCACCAACGUGUUCCUAUUCUCCCAAUCUCCUCCAUGGCCACUAACCAUUCAAGUGAGACAACAGCGAUGACAGAUCCAGAGAACAUAGUGGUGAUGGGACAAGAAGAAGAGGAUGAAACAGAGGUGGCUUCUUGGUUGUUGCCUAGUUCAGAGAAAAACAAUAACAAUAGUCUGGACCUUGUUGAUUGUCAACAAGACUACAACGUAGUACCUCGAAGUAGAUAUGCUAGAGAUGGAGUUGUUCCACUUCAAGUUGAAGAAUCAAAGGCCCACGUGCACCAUGAGCAACACAACUUUCAGUUUGGUUUCACUAAUGUAUCCUCAGGAUGUCAUAUGGUCAGUCUUGUGUUAGAGUCAACGUCGAGUGACACAACAGUAUUAUUACAUUCACCAUCCCCCAAAGCGGCAACAGACCAACUACCUGACCCUUCAAUUCAGAUAUUUAGUCCAGGGGAAAGAGAGGCUAGGGUUAUGAGAUACAGAGAGAAGAAGAAGACGAGGAAGUUUGAGAAGAGGGUAAGAUAUGCUUCAAGGAAAGCUUAUGCAGAGACAAGACCACGGAUCAAAGGCCGGUUUGUAAAGAGAGAAGAAGUGGAUGCAGAGGCAGACCAAGGUUUCCCCACAAUGAUAAUGUUCAACACAGGAUAUGGAGUUGUUCCUUCAUUAUGAAAUGAUGCUUAAGGCAAAACUAGCUUGCAGCUUGUAAAUGUUUUACUUGUUUGAGUUCCUUAGAAGUUAUCACCACUGCAACUUUAGUUCAAAACCAAAUAUAAAUACUGUGUUAUGUGAAAUGAUACCCCCACAUAGAAUAGAAUAUUAUCCAUUCGUAGGUAAUGCCCAGACAACCCACGGCUACGCUAAUGGGCCUCUCACUCUUACGCCUGCUUUCUCGGCAUAUAGUUUCCAUUUCAUGCUAAGGAUGGUGCGUUAACUUUUUCAUUUCAGA